AUGUACUCAAAUCCUCCUAUGGAUUACCUUUAUCUUACACAUUCAUCUCAUCAAUGGAGCAUUCCUCCUACCUAUCUCACAAACCCCUCUUUCACAACUCCUACCACACCUUCAUUUCCAUCCUUUCCAUGGGAACUUUUCUCACCCUAUUACACAAAUUCAUAUAUUCCAACACCAUCACCAUAUUUGUAUUUUAAUCAUGGAUAUUCACCACAUCCACCUAAUCCUAACCCAUAUUCAUUCUAUUCAACAUCUCAUUAUUCAUACCACUACACCAAUUAUCACCAACAACUUCAACCAACAAAAACCUCAUCCAAAAUUAAAAGGGAUUGUGAGAAGCAUUUGCAAGUCUUUCAUCCUUGUUUUAAGAAAAGAUCCAAAAAAACCACAAAAAAACAUGUUGCCCACAAUGUGUUUGUUGAAAAACCCCUACCAACCACGUUGGCUCUUCGUCGAACUUCGAUUCGCCUUAGCUUAAGAAAACAAGCGCUUAAUAAUAAUGUAGGAACUUCUCGUGUCAAAUUGAUUCCACACACAUUUUACAGCACAUGUGAUGCUUUCCAGCAAGUUGUUCUGAGCAGGCGUGAACUGUUGUCACAAGCUGAUGCUAUUAACACGCAAGACGACGAUGAUGAUGGUGACAUGGAGGAUGAAGAUCAAAGGGUGUUACAGAAACCACAAGAUGAUUUAGAGUUGUCAGAUACUGAAAGUGAUCUAGAUCAAACUCUUCAAUUCCUCUCCCAACGUUUCCGCAACACUCGCUCUCCAGCACCAAAUCCUCGCCGCCAAGCAGAAUCCUCCCUCUCUGAAGCCGCCAACACUCCCAACUUCGGCCUCGUCGUACUCCGCCUCAUCGCCGAACCAGCCGUCGAUGCUCAGAUCCGUCAAUCCCCAGCCGUCAACUUCAAAAACCACCUCCGUCUCCGAUGGACGUUAGAAGAGAGCUCCAUCCUUGAAGCCGAGAAAGAACAUAUCAAAACCCUAUCCAUUUCUCUCAUGCUUGCCGUCUCUCCCAAAACCCAUUAUCAACUUAGCGAAGCCCUAACUAUCAUCGGUAAACAUGAUUUCCCUAAAGCAUGGCCUACGCUUCUCCCUGAACUCGUCGCCAGUCUCCAGAAUGCAUCUCAGUCUCAUUCCAAUGAUCUUUGGAUUGAUUUGAAGCAUUUUCUCGAUAAUUUUGCUGCUCCUUUGCUUGAGAUUUUUCUUAAGACUGUGUUGUUGAUUGACGCUGCUACUACGGCGGUACCUCCACCACCUAUGGCGAACCUCCGUCAACUGUUUGAGUCGCGGAAAUUAUAUUGCAGCUUAUUUUACUCAUUGAAUUUUCAAGAGCUCCCUGAGUUCUUCGCGGAUCAUGUUAGGGAAUGGAUGAGUGGGUUUCGAAAAUACCUUACUACUAGUUACCCUAUUCUUGAGGGCAAUGGAGAUGGUCUUGCUCUUGUGGAUGAACUUAGGGCUUUUGAUUGUGAUAAUAUUAAUCAUUAUAUGGAAAAGUAUGAGGAGGAGUUUAAGGGGUUCUUGAAUGAUUUUGCACUUGUUGUGUGGACUUUGUUGGGGAAUAUGUCACAGUCGAGUAGUCUUGAUCAACUUGCCAUCACAGCUAUCAAGUUUUUUACCACAAUUAGCACCGAUAUUCACCACAAUUUUUUUGCUCCCGAUAGGAUUAUACCACAGAUUUUCCAAGGCAUUGUGAUCCCUAAUGUGAGGCUGAGGGAAGAUGAUGAGGAGCUGUUUGAGAUAAAUCUUAUUGAGUAUAUUAGGAGGGUUAGGAAGGUUCUGGAAAAGCUCAGACCUCCAUCAGUGACAGAACUGUUGCUGUCUUAUAAUGGUGAUUCAUGUCAAAUUCAAAUGCUUGGUUUAGCUAAAAAGCCACCUGAUGGAUCCCAAAGCAACAUUGCUUGUGACUGCUCUUCUCAAAAUGACACCUUCUGUCACGCAGUAAGGAUGGAAUUCAAGGGAUACAACCUUCCCGGCACGUUUCCGCCUCAAUUGGUUAAGCUUCCAUACCUCAAAGUAGUUUAUUUUGCUCUUAACUACCUAAAUAGUACGAUUCCAAAGGAAUGGGGUUCGAUUGAACUAACUUCAAUCUCGCUACUUGUUAAUCGUUUGUCAGGGGAGAUUCCUAAGGAGUUAGGAAAUAUUACCACUCUAACAUACUUGAACCUUGAAGCAAUUGAUGUGUUUGUUCAAGCCUUGGAGUCGGAGGAGGACGGUUUAUGCGAUGAUGUCACUUUUCUCUCUGUAGCCGAACAUAAUCCCCUAUGUAGGCAUCAUGCUAAAGGUCACUUUUGGGGAUUUACCAUACAUGGUAGUAUCCAACAUUAUUUCACACGGGCAUGGCUGCGUCGAAUCAUUCUUGUUUCUGUUUUUGAGGGGAACACCAUACUUCCUGUGAUUGCAAAGGUACGGAAAUUCGGUGCAUAUGUUUUUGUUGCGAUUCCACCUAAACCACCGGAUGAAAUUGUCAUUCAAACACUGUCACUGUUUCUGUCAUGUUUUUCAAAACAAUUCGUUCAUCACUGUUUUGAGAAGGAAGAAAAAGAGCAUUUGACCUCGCUAAAACCACGAUUCGAUACGCUUAAUGAUCUAGUAAAUGUCAUCUUGAAGGUUACCAAGUGUGUCAUAGAGUUCCAUGAACUUCCAGUUCAGUACAAUUCACACAAAGUACCAGCCUACAACACUGCCUUUAAGCAUAUCCUAGUUGCUGCAUAUUGGUGUAUUAGAAGUAUUAUGGUUUGUGCUUCUCAGAUUACAAGCCUCACUACACUUGGUUAUGAAAUCUUCACCUCUAUCAUUAGUUUCUUUUUUAUGUUAAAAAAUGAUGCUGGUUUUAAGUGCUAAUUCUAGAACCUUAAGGACAAGGUUCAAGUGAACCCGGCGGCAAUGAUAGAGGGGCAUAAUAGUAUUGUAGUAUUAUUUAUUAUUAUUAUUAUUGGGCUCUAAUUGUAUUUGGGCUUUUA